AUGGCAAAGACAACUUGUGCAAAAGCUCUUUAAAACUGGGAACAAGAACAUCCAGGUGAACAACCAUCUGAAGCAGAAGAUAUUAGAUUGAUAUUCUAAAAUCCACCUCUUGACAAAUUAGAUCCUCCAGUUUUAAAUACAUUGGCUAAAGUAAAACGCUUGUCCCUUUCUUCAAAUGCAAUAGAAAAGAUGGUCAAUCUGCCUGGUUUAAGGCAAAUAGAAAUACUGUCACUAUCAAGAAACAAUAUAAAGAAAAUAGCAGGAUUGGAAGAAAUAGGAUAAACUUUAAAAGAACUUUGGUUAAGUUAUAAUUACAUUGAAAGACUUGAUGGUCUACAACCAUGCGUAAAAUUACAUACACUUUAUAUUGGUAAUAACAGAAUCAAGGUCUGGGAUGAAGUUGAUAAAUUGAAAGAUCUCCCAGAAAUAGCCAAUGUACUCUUUGUAGGAAACCCUAUUUAUGAUGGUUAGAAAGAUGACCCUAAAUUGCUUGUUCUCAAAAGGAUUAAUACCUUAAAAAAUGUAGAUGGUACUGUUGUAGAUGACUCAUUAUUGGAAAAGGUUAAAGCUUUAGGAGAUGGAGUCCCUACAACCACUGUCAAAUGACAAUUAUUAAUCAUAUAAACGAUAUAAAUAUAUUAAGAUAA